AUGGAGAAGAGGAGGUCGGACUGUCCAGCUCUGCCACCCGGCUGGAAGAAGGAAGAAGUGAUCAGGAAGUCCGGUUUGAGCGCUGGGAAGAGCGAUGUCUAUUACUACAGUCCUACAGGGAAAAAGUUCAGGAGUAAACCUCAAUUGUCCCGUUACCUUGGAAACUCAGUGGAUUUGGCAUGUUUCGAUUUCCGGACGGGAAAGAUGAUGCCUGGCAAAUUGCAAAAGAACAAACAGCGACUCCGACAUGACCAACUCAGCAUGGCAAAGGGAGGUAAGCCUGACCUGAACACGACACUGCCUAUCAGACAAACGGCAUCCAUCUUUAAACAGCCUGUUACCAAGGUUACAAGUCACCCGGGAAAUAAGGUUAAAACAGACCUGCAGAGAGCAACCGAGCAGCCCAGACAGCUCUUUUGGGAAAGGAGGUUGAAAGGGUUGCGAUCAUCAGAUGUCUCGGAGGAAGUUCUACGUACCAUGGACCUCCCUAAAGGCCUACAGAGCGUUGGUCUUCACUCAAGUGAUGAGACUCUGCUGUCUGCCAUUGCCAGUGCGCUACACAUGAGUUCUGCGCCUAUCACGGGACAGACAUCUGUGGCGGCUGAGAAGAACCCAGCAAUCUGGCUGAACACGUCCCAACCGCUCUGCAAGGCCUUCACCGUGACUGACGAACACAUCCGGGAGCAGGAGCUGAAGGUACACCAAGCAAGGAGGAGUCUGGAGGAAGCACUGAUGGCUAACAGCUUGGCACAGGCUGCUGAAAGUAGGAAAGCGUUGUCGGAAGGGAAGGCGGCUUGA